AUGGCGUCCGCGGUGCGCGUGCUGCUCUCGUCGGAGCACGCGCCGUCCCCGGUGGCUGCUGCAAGACCUCCCAAGCGAAGGCGCCUAAAUGAAGCAGCAAGCAGCCCCGGUUGUGUGUGCGCCGAGUGCGGCGAUGCCUUCUCGUGUGCAGCAGAGCUAGUGGCACACAGCCAGGAGACGCGGCACCGGCCCUUUGCCUGCCGCCGCGAGGGCUGCUCCAAGCGCUACUCGAAGCGCGAGCACCUGACGCGGCACUUCGAGGCGGUGCACGUCCGCGGCUCGACGCAGACGCUGGAGGAGCGUAAACCCUUCAAGUGCGAGCUGUGCGAGGCCAGGUUCACGUACAACCACGGGCUGACGCGCCACACCAAGCGCUCGCACCGCAACGUGAACCGCCCGUUCGAGUGUUCCGAGUGCCUGAAGGUCUUCAAGAAGAAGAGCGAGCUGCAAGCACACUCGUACGCACACACGGGCGUACUCCCCUUCGAGUGCAAGGACUGUGGCGAGAGGUUUCUCAAGAGGUUCUUGCUGAACCGGCACCAGCGGACACACGCAGCCAACAGGGAGGCGGACACGCAGAUCCUCGUGUGCGAGUGCGGCGAGAUCUGCUUCGACGAGGACGAGCUCAAGAUUCACAAGGAGGCGGAGCACGGCAGUGAAAAGGAACCGAGUGCUGCAGACAGCGACGCGGCCGCCACAAAGCAGCCCUCUACGCCUUCAUCUGCCCACGUGUGCCUCGUGUGUGACCAGACGUUCAGCCGGAAGCAGUAUCUGCGCGCUCACCUGCGAACCCAUUUCGAGUCGCUGGACGACCGCAAGAAGUACGUGUGCCCCAUGGCUGGAUGUGACAAGGCCUACACGCGGUCGUCCAACCUCAUGGCGCACUACAAUGCGGUGCACGACGAGCGUAAGUCGAAGCGCUUCGCGUGUCCGCGUGAGGGCUGCUCGGCGCGGUUCGGCUACAAGACGGUGCUGAAGCACCACCUCCAGAGCAUUCACGACAAGCCCAAGACACCGAAGCGACGCGAGCGCAAGUCCGCGGGCAUUCUUGAACGUGCGCUCGGAGUGAACCAAGUGGGCGAGCAAGUGACGCGGACCAUUGUGUUUGAGGCCAAGACACCGGAUGGUGAAGAAGAGAAGGAGGCGGCAGGACAGUCGUAG